UCAUGCUCAUCUCAUGUAAACCCUGAAAACAUUAAAGCACCAAGAACAUCGCCCGGAACUUCAGAAGUGCCCUCUCCCCCCCUGUUUCUUCCCUCUCUUUUCUUGGUCCUUGACUCUCGCUUGCCGGUGUUUCCAUGCUUUGGCCUCUGUUCUAGGCUCUGUUUUCUUGUUGUAACUGGGACUAAGAGGGAUUAUGGGUUGCUUUUGUUUCUUAAAGAAAUCAAGCAGAAAAUCGCAGGCUAACAACUAUAGCCAGAGCGCAAAGCCGAACAAUCACACAGGUGCUGAUACGGUGACAGUUGAUUUGAAUGUGAAUGGGACCAAGGAAGCUCAUUCUAAGGAUGAUCAACUUUCUCUGGACGCGAAGAGAUUGAAUUUAACGGAAAAUGGAGACACCACUGGUAGCACGGCGCAGACUUUUACUUUUGAUGAACUUGCAGCAGCAACAGGAAAUUUUAGGUCAGACUGCUUUUUGGGAGAAGGAGGAUUUGGCAAGGUUUACAAGGGGCAUUUGGAGAGGAUAAACCAGGUUGUGGCUAUAAAGCAACUUGACCCUAAUGGACUUCAAGGAAUUCGGGAAUUUGUAGUUGAAGUGUUGACACUUGGUCAAGCAGACCACCCUAAUCUUGUGAAAUUAAUUGGGUUUUGUGCUGAUGGAGAUCAAAGACUAUUGGUCUAUGAGUACAUGCCAUUAGGAUCUUUGGAGAACCACUUGCAUGAUCUUCCGCCCGGUAGGAAACCACUUGAUUGGAAUACAAGAAUGAAAAUAGCAGCUGGAGCUGCUAAGGGCUUGGAGUAUUUACAUGAGAAAAUGAAGCCCCCUGUGAUAUACCGUGAUUUGAAAUGCUCAAACAUUUUAUUAGGCGAGGGAUAUCAUCCCAAGUUAUCUGAUUUUGGCCUGGCCAAAGUAGGCCCAAGUGGCGAUAAGACACAUGUUUCAACAAGGGUUAUGGGCACAUAUGGGUACUGUGCUCCAGAUUAUGCAAUGACGGGUCAGUUGACAUUCAAGUCUGACAUCUACAGCUUUGGAGUUGUUCUUUUGGAGCUCAUCACAGGCCGGAAAGCCAUUGAUAAUACUAGACUUGCCAAAGAACAAAACCUGGUUGCAUGGGCAAGGCCGUUAUUCAAAGACCGGAGAAAAUUCUCCCAGAUGGUAGACCCUUUGCUUGAAGGUGAAUAUCCUGUGAGGGGUUUGUACCAAGCUCUAGCAAUUGCUGCCAUGUGUGUUCAAGAGCAGCCUAAUAUGCGGCCUGUCAUAACCGACGUCGUUACCGCAUUAAACUACCUUGCCUCGCAGAGAUAUGAUCCCCAAACUCAUCAAGUACAAAGCUCCAAAAGAAGGGAUGAUGAUCAAACACAUCUUGUUCGGAACGGUUCUGCCUCUGACAGAUCUUCAGACUAAGAAUAUUCGUGCUUGUUCAUAUGUCACGCGCCUUGUCAUCAAUUUUUGCUUCAUAGGAGAUGACAAGGUGCUGUUACAAUCUUUCGUUUUUUUUUUUAUAUAUGUAUAAAGAAAAAUUUCUGCUAUUUCUUUGGUGUACAUGUGAGCUGGGCUUCCUUGUAUUUAAGACGACUCUUUGUAGGAUUUUUCUUUUGUCCAUGUUAUUAUAAUUUAGCCUCAGUCAUAAUAAAUGACUUCCUUCA